GUGGCCGUGACGCGGAACUGCGGUUCCAACCGCGACAGAGGAAGUUACGGUUAGUUCGUUAGCCUGCUAACUCGCUAAAAAAAGUAAACAAGUCUGUCGCAUGAGAUGAUUAUUCAACCGCGACACAACGUAGCUUUUCAAUUAUGAAAGAAGACAAAGAAAACACACGACCAAAGGAGAAAAGGGUGGAGAUAAAGUGUGACGAUGGAGAAAAGAUAGAGCGAGCCAAAGAAAAGAAGGAGGCCAUGACAAAGAUUGUGAUCAGACGAUUACCGCCAAGUCUGACCAAGGAGGAGCUGGAGGAGCAGCUGCAGCCUCUCCCAGAGGUGGACUACCUGGAGUUUUUCUCCAAUGACACCAGCCUUUACCCUCACCUCUUCGCAAGGGCUUACAUCAAUUUCAGAAAUCAAGAGGACAUAGUGCUCUUCAGAGAUCGAUUUGAUGGAUAUGUGUUCAUUGACAGUAGAGGUCAGGAGUAUCCUGCCAUUGUGGAGUUUGCACCCUUUCAAAAGACUGCCAAGAAAAGAAGUAAGAAAAAGGAUGCAAAAUGUGGAACAAUUACUGAAGACCCUGAUUACAAGAAGUUCCUUGAAUUUUACAAUGGAGAUGAAGAGAAGUUCACAUCCACACCAGAGACCCUGUUGGAGGAGAUUGAGGCAAAAUCAAAAGAACUUGUUGCCAAAAAGACAACUCCUCUCCUGGACUUCCUGAAGAAUAAACAGAGGAUCAGGGAGGAAAAGAAGGAGGAAAGAAGAAGGAGGGAACUUGAGCGCAAGCGUCUACGCGAUGAGGAGCGUCGUAAGUGGAGGGAGGAGGACAGGAGGAAACGCAAAGAGGCUGAGAAGAUGAAAAGACUUGAGAAGCCGCUGGAGAAAGACAAAGACCAUGUUAAGGAAGAGCCAAAAAUUAAGCUCCUGAAGAAGCCAGACAGAGGUGACGAUGCUGAUUCUGAAAAGCCCAAGGAAAAGCCCAAGAAAGCAGAGAAGCCAAAUAAAGAGGACAGAUCCAUGGGGAGUGCUGAUCACAAGAGGCGUCACAACAUUGAAAACAAAGAGGAUCGAGGGAGGAAAGGCGACGAAGACGGGCGGAAGGAGUUCAGGGAGCGUGACCCCGAUCGGGACAGAGAGCGGGAGAAGGAGCGGCGGCAGAGAGAGAAGGAGCGCAUCCGGCGUCAGGACGAGGACCGUCGGAGGAGGAGAGAGCGACAGGAUGGAGAGAACUCGUAUAGAAAGCGAGAGGACGAGGCUGAAAAAGAAAAAGCCUCGGAGAAGAAGAAGGGCGAAAACAUGGCAGACUCGUCACACUCUGAGCGGCCGGAGAAGCCUCCCAAAGACAACAAGAGGGAUGACGGCGGUAAGAGAGAGCGACUACGAAAUAAGGACCGGCCUGCCAUUCAGCUGUACCAGCCGGGAGCCCGGAGCCGCAAUCGAGUUACAGGGGGAGGAGCUGAAUCCAACUCUGCCGACAGGAAGCCAGACACAGAGACUAAGAAAGUGGCUGAGAAAGAAGUCGACUGAGCAGAUUUUCCACUUACGGCAUUUACAGUUUGGCGAGGAGAGGGGAGACAGGCCUGUGAGGCUCAGAGCAGCAGCGUGGCGUCUCAGGGCCACAUGCACUGCAGGUCAAGCAGGGCUGCAUCCAGCUCUCCCAGUCUCAGAGGCAGAGGUGUGUUUGUGAAGCCUCUUAGUGCCUGAACGUGACCCUCUUUAGUUUUAUUUGUUAGGAGAGGUACCAGUAACCUUUGGAAAGAGUUUGGUUGUAGGGCACAUUAGGUGAAGCCAAAGCUUUCUUGGACCACGUGAACUCAAAGUGACCUUACUUCAGUCUUGUUUCUCUGAUGUGAAGUGUGAACUUUCAGUUUGAUCAUCAACAUCGCACUCUGGAGGUGUGAAAUACCUUAACAGGUGUUCAGCCUCCUAAUCACUCAGUGUAUCUACAUUGCCAAGUUCUUCAUUUUUGUUUCUAUGCUGUCUUAAAUGAGAUUUCUGUUGUAGCAUUGCCAUUCUCAGUUUGAAGUGCACACAUGGAAAUUUCAUUCUACUCUGUCAGCAGUGCUUGAGAGUCCAUAUGUAUGUACAGAAGCUUUUCAUCAUUUGUUGUUCUAAAAUACCUUACCAUAAUCUGUAUUUACCCGAGCUGGGAUUGUGUGUGUUUUUCAUUGAUCCAUACACUAACGGAGGAGAAACAGCCAUUUCUGACUAGACUGCCAUGUGACCGCCAUGCCUGCAUGCAGACUCGAGAUGCAAAAGUUGAAUAAUCAGAGUGAUUAACCUGUGGCCUUCACCCUCUUUUUCUAGUAUGAAACUCUCCUUAAAUAUUAAUCUGUGAUGCACUAAACUGAAUGCAGCAUGUAAACAUAUCACUGCUGGUAAUGCUAACAUACAGAAGCCACUUUUGAUUGGAAAUAAAAGGAUGUUUGCUAAA